AUGGUCCUCCCGUCGAUUACGACGAUGGAGUCCCUGGGCGUGCUGCUGCUGCACCCCAUGAACGGCUACCUGGAGCAGGAGCUGGACCGCCUCUUCCGCUUCUGGGACUCCCCUCCAGACGGGGGCGCCAAGUUCCUCCGUGCGGUCGUCGGCAACACUGGACGCAACGCCGACGCCGCGCUCAUCGAUGCGCUGCCGUCCCUCGAGAACGUCGCGUCCUCCGUGGGGAUCGACCGCAUCGACCUCACCAAAUGCCGCGAGCGCGGGAUCCAUGCUCACCGACGUGCUCACCGACGCCGUCGGCCUCGUCAUCUCCGUGGUAAGGAAGAUCACGCAUGGUGA